CGUAUUCACGAUAGAGCGAGUUCAACCCGAUACGUAUUCACUAUUCACGAACGGAAAAAGCUUCUGAUUCACGAACAGAGAGAGCGAGCUUCUGAUUCACGACGAGGAGAGCUUCAAACCGCCAUGGAAGUGCUCUAUUUCCACCCUUGCUUUGAUCCCUAACUCUUUUGGAUCCUAUCGUUCAAUCGAAUUUCGAGAUUCAUCAUUAUUUUGGAAGAAUUCAGAAUUUCGAGAUUCAUCACUCUAUUUUGGAAGAUUCAGAACACUCUCUGCAUCAGAACCCUCUGUAUUUUUGCAUCUGCUAAGAGUUUUGCUGGUGAGAGCUUCAAUAGGAACAGUUCAGGGGAGUAUUAUCAGAUUUAGUAGAUACUUCAAGGAGAUUUCUAGAGAGGGACCAUAAAUUUAGAUCGAUGGAGAGGCACUUUGAUGGCACAAUUGAAGAAAGGGAUAAACCAAAGUUAUUAUCUGGGUCAGAAAUUUGGUACCGUGGAUCCUAGAGAAAAGCGCUCAAAGGACGGUGUUUCUUAUCAAGCCCCAACUAGAGUAUAUGGCACUUCAAGUUUGACGCGUCAACCUUCACUUGAAGAACACUAUAUGCCUCAUAUGGAGCCACCACUACCCCAUUCUCAAGCACAUGUUCCAUCAUUUGGUAAGAAAAGCGCUCAAAGGACGGUGUUUCUUCUCAAGCCCCAACUAGAGUAUAUGGCACUUCAAGUUUGACGCGUCAACCUUCACUUGAAGAACAUUAUAUGCCUCAUAUGGAGCCACCACUACCCCAUUCUCAAGCACAUGUUCCAUCAUUUGGUACCGUGGAUCCUAGAGAAAAGCGCUCAAAGGACGGUGUUUCUUCUCAAGCCCCAACUAGAGUAUAUGGCACUUCAAGUUUGACGCGUCAACCUUCACUUGAAGAACAUUAUAUGCCUCAUAUGGAGCCACCACUACCCCAUUCUCAAGCACAUGUUCCAUCAUUUGGUACCGUGGAUCCUAAAGCUAAGCGCUCACCUACAUCAUCUAGUACACGAGAGUCCACUCGAUUAUGGACUGUACAAGCUAUAGAUGAACAUGGAAACCAAAAGACGAUCCAAUUGACAAUAACAGAUGUGUUUGAUAUGCCUAAAGGUCAGCUCAUAAUUGUGCCGUUUGAUAGGCAAAGGCGAGCUUGUGGACAAGCUGCAGCACUCCUUUCAGGAGCUUGUGGCCGUAUUGUCCUAGAUCCUAAUAAUGUUCCUAUCAAUUUUGAAAGUUGGAAAGAAGUAGUUGAUCCGUACAAAGAUGACUGUUUUAACACUUUGAAGAAUCUUUUUCAUUUUCAGACCUUGGAAUUAUUUGCCAAGCGCUAUUGUCUUCUUAUCAUGGGGAGAAAGUAUAGGAAUGGCAAGUUGAAAUUAUGGAAUUCGAAAUAUGACCCUUCAUAUUCUAGAGGAUACCUUAUUGCUAAUGUCCCUGAUGGAGUUCCUAAGGAUCAAUGGUCAUCAUUUGUUGAUUAUCACUUGAAACAAGAAUAUCAGGAGUUAUGUCAAAGGAAUUCCGAGGCACGUAAAAAACAAACUAUUCCUCACACUGGAGGAUCUAAACUUCUUUCAAGGAGACAAUAUGAAAUGGAAAUGGAGCUUGGGCGUGAAGUAAGCCGAGGUGAAAUGUACAUUGCAACUCACAAGAAAAGCAAUGGGUCAUAUGUCAAUGAGGAUGCAAGAUCCGUGGGGGUGUUGGUUGAGCAAGAGCUAAGUCAAACACUUGAUUUCUCCGAGGUUUCAAAAAAUGACGCCCUUGCCAAAGUUUUGGGGCCAGAUCACUCUGGAUGUGUGCGAGGACUAGGUGUAGGAGCUCUUCAUAGUGUUGCCUUUAGAUCCACUACCACACAAAUGAAGAACUCCAUCAUUUCAGCUGAAUCUACUCAAUUAAAUGAAGAACUUAAUUCUCUAAAGACUAAGUUAGCCGCCUCAGAUGAGAAUAUCAAGACGUUGCAAACUGUACUUUUUGCAUACAUGCAAAUGAAGGAAGGACAUAUCGCUGCAAACUUGGCAGCUUUGUUUGGGAAUUUUACUAAAAUGGAUCAAGGGAAUGAGGAGGCUAAUCCAACACAGCAAGGAGAAUCUUCAUUAGAUAGCAAUUAUGUUUGAAAAAUACAUUGAGUUCUAAACUUGUAUAGAACAUAGUAUUCUUAUGUAUCCAUAGUUUCAUACUUAGAGAAAACUAUGAACAAGGUGUUCUUAGCAUUUUGUGGUAAUUGCGUUGUCGUGGUUGCUAAGGUAUUCUUAGCUUUUAAGUUGGGCUAUGACAAUAGCAACACUUUGAUUGGUAAAUCUUGGCACAAGAAUCUAAUGGUUACUUAUGAGACUUUCAUAUUAUAGAGAAUUUAAUGAUCACUUUUAAAAGUAGUUGAAA